UCCAACAUGCAAACCACGCGAUUAACUCCUGUUCCGUGCGAAAUGCUGCUGCGCCUAUUCCCCUUCGGUAUACUAAUUAAUUCAUCUAUGAAAGUUGUUGGUGUUGGAGACAAACUCGCACAAGUAUCCGAUAAUAGCGAAAACAUUUUGGGCGACGACGUUACUUCGCAUUUUCGCAUACGACGACCAAAGGCUAUAUCGUUCACUUGGAAGAAUCUUUACUACUUGCGAUCGGUUCUAUUUUCUUUGGAAUUUCUGUGCGGCGCUGGGUUAGCAAGUCAAGUGGAAUCACCGAAUCACGAUAAUCGUGGAAAUGAGCGAGCGGCGGAGUUUAACUAUGCGAUUAAACUACAUGAAUUACGAAGAGAUAGUAAUCAAGGGAUGAAGAAUAUUCUACUUAAGGGGCAAAUGAAGUAUAUAAACGAUAUUAACAUCAUAAUAUUCCUUUGCAGUCCGAUACUAAACGACCUAGAUGAACUUCCAGAACGAGGUCUAUUUCUAAACGAUCUUAACUUGCACGGAUUAAGUCGAGAAAUGGUGCUAGCUGGAUGGCAGCAUAAUUCGAACGCGACGUUAGAUGCCCUCAUCCAGUUGACUUGAUUGGAUCACGACUUUGGCAAAAGCAGUCGGGUCCAAGAUAGGCCGAUUAUAAAACGUUGUGAAGGUAGAGGCCCGAGUCCAACCCGCAGUUUGAAGAAUGUUUGAGAGAGAAAGCCCA